UUUCAGCUAAAAGCUGCGGGCGGCACAACAUAAAUAAAAGGGCCCUAACAGCCUGGCACAUUCCCCCAUCUUCGGCACUUCUACUUAUUAUUUCUAGCCACAGAAAUAUGUGCUUUCUCUUCCCACUUGGCUGCUGCGGCUGCUCCUCAUCGAAGCCUUGCCAAAAGAAUGGAAAGCAGCGGCAAGUGCAGCACCAGCCGGACGUCCUGGGGAACGUGAUAUCCACGGAGCCAGGCUACUUCAACCAGGUGACCAUCAGCCAGCCAUCGCUACCCAGCAUGAGCCCCAGUUCAGUGUCACUGCCCCACCGAAUAGUCACGUCUAGCACCUUGAGCUCCUGGGACGGCGAAGUCUGGUGGCCCAAAAGGGACUCCAUCGAGGAUUACUAAUCCAUAGUAUCUUAGCAGAAUUGAUUAGCGUAUCGCUGCACUACAUAAAUGUACGACUUACAAAGAUGUUUGUCAAAAACUCUUAUAUUUAAUGAAACUACCGACUCUGUUUUUAGUUCUCACAAAG